GUCAAAUUUCAUGUAACCAGCAAAAGUCAGAUGGUUACUUCUUGAUCAGGUGACGAUAUUUUCUCAACUCUACCAUACAUCUCUCAGAAUACCAAAGCUUCACGAUGGCUUUACUGUCCGCCAUCAAAGGAAAACUAAUUUCGGUUAUCGGUGAUGAGGAUACCUGCGUUGGUUUUCUUUUGGGAGGAAUAGGAGAAAUCAAUAAAAAUCGUCACCCCAAUUUUAUGGUAGUCGAUAAGAACACUGCCGUCAGUGAGAUCGAGGAUUGUUUUAAACGCUUCCUUAAGCGGGAUGAUAUCGACAUCAUUUUGAUCAACCAGAACUACGCCGAGAUGAUUCGCCACGUGAUCGAUGCGCACACUUCGCCAACGCCCGCUGUACUAGAGAUUCCGUCGAAGGAUCACCCGUACGAUGCGAGCAAGGAUUCAAUUCUGAGACGUGCGAAGGGUAUGUUCAAUCCAGAUGAUAUGAUCGCUAACCGUGGUUGAAUACUACACUAGAGUUAUCUUUUGUUAUAUGUAUAAUAAUGUCAGCAUGAUGUUCAAUUUAAUAAAGUCAUUCCGCAUUGUGUCAUGAUCUUA